UUUUUUAUUAAAUUUAUAUGUAAAAGUAAUUUCAAAUGAUAUAAUAUUAUAAAAUUUACAUCACUCUUUCAUUUGUAAAUUUUUUAUGAAUUAAUUUAUGAAUUUAUUACUCUAUUACUCUAUAAAUUUAAAAAAUAUAAAAUUAUUUGUAAACAACUGACGAUUACCUAACUUAAACUGCAGACUAGUCUCAAUGGUAACGCAUAUGACGUGUAUCAAGAUUCAAGAUGUUUGUGGGUAAAUAAAAAGACGUCAGGUGGAUUGUUAUAUUUUUUUUAUUAUGCUUAAUUAAAAAUGAAUAGUCUUGGUUUAAGUUUAAUUCUAAAAAUGGGCUGCAUAUGCUCCAAGGAAACAAUUACAGUAAAUUCAAGAAAUUAUACAGUUCGUGAACAUCUUGGAGAAGGUGGAUUUAGCAUUGUCCUUCUAGUGGAAGAUACAAUAACUCAUAAGAAAUAUGCCAUUAAAAAGAUCAUCUGUCAUGGAUUAGAGGAUCAGAGAUUAGCAGCAAAAGAAAUAGAAUAUUAUAAUCUUGUAAAACAUCCAAACGUUAUAGAAUGUAUUGAUUCAACAUAUAAAGGGACAAUAGAUCCUAUUAUUAAUGCAACUAGUGAAGUAUUGAUUAUUUUACCAUAUUAUCAUAGAGGUACACUUGCAAAUGAAUUAGAGAGACGUGCUAAAAAUAAGAAUCACAUGGGUGCUCUAGAUAUUUUAAAUAUUUUUUUACAAAUAUGUGAAGGUGUAAAAGCAUUUCAUGAAGCUAAACCAGAACCUCUUGCUCAUAGAGAUUUAAAGACUGCAAAUAUACUUCUUGAUGAUGGAAGUACACCCAUUAUAAUGGAUUUAGGUUCUGUAGCACCAGCUAGAAUUAAAAUAUGUGGUUCACAAGCAGCACAAACUUUACAGGAUUUAGCAGCUGAAAGAUGUUCAAUGCCAUAUAGAGCACCAGAAUUAUUUAAUGUUGAAAGUUAUUGUAUGGUAGAUGAGCGGACAGAUAUUUGGUCUUUAGGAUGUAUUCUUUAUGCACUGUGUUACUUUAAAUCACCAUUUGAUACAGUAUAUGAAAGAGGAGACAGUGUUGCUUUAGCUGUAAUGAGUGCAAACAUUAUUUUUCCAGAAGAUGCUCCAUAUACUGAGGAUAUACAAAAUUUGAUUUUAUUGAUGUUAAAAGUAAAUCCUAUGGAACGUCCUUAUAUAUAUAGUGUUAUAGAAAAAGUACAUGAUAUUAUCUCAAAAUUAGAAAACAAAGUAUGAUUAUACAAAAAAGAAUAUUUUCAAUAUUUAUUUAAACAUUUAUGUACAGAUAAUUUUAUAUAUUAUUAUAUAUAUAUUAUAUAUAUAAUAAUGCAAAAUGUUUAUAAACUUAAAGUUUAUAAACUUAAACUUUAAAAAAUGCAAUAAUACAUAAAAUAAUAAUAACAAAAUGAAAAUUUUAAACAAAACAAGUGCAAACAUUGCAUUAUUUCAACAUAUCAUUUUAUUUGAAAUGCUUCAUAUUUAAAAAGAAAAAUAAAAAAUUUAUAAAAUAUGAAAGUAAAAAUUUUUAAAAUAUAAGAUUUAUAUACAUUUUAAAUAUGUAAAUACUAUAAUUUUUAAAAAAUAAUAAUUGUAUCUAAUUACUAUCAAUAUCUGAA